CUGGGUUUGGUGCAGUACCUAUUGCUGUCAGAUACUUCUGUCCAAUCGCUAGUAAGGGAUUACACAUUCAACUACACUACGCGGAAAGCAUGCUCGAUCUCGGGCAUGUCUUCGAUUGACAGGAACUUCGUCAACCUCUAUUGAUUUCCAUUUUAGCGUAUCGACUUUCAAGCAUAAAGAUAUGCGGCGCAACCGCAAGCAUGCUGGGAGGCCCAGAUCGAGAUUCGAUUGAAAUUCGACACGCUGGCAGGCACACCUUCCAGUAUCACGGCUUCUUGAUGCGGGGACGCUCCUUGUAAAAGGAAGCCGACAAGAUGAGGGACAUCACGGAGCUGCCGCAUGACAUAUUUCUCCUUGUCAUCUCCCGCCUCUCUCCGCGUACCUGUGUGCGUUGUCGCGCUGUCUCCCGCCGAUGGCACGAAGCCUUCACGAGCGAAGUUGCCUCGCUGCUGCUUCUACGCUGGAACUUCCCCCGAUGCCGCGAGCUACGCCUGGCCACUGCCGCUGCCGCCCUCACGGCAUCAACUCUGGAGUCAGCAGACAUCCCCGCCAAUCUGAAGGCCGAGCUUGCAGACAUCAUCGAGAAUCCCCGGCCGUGGUUCUCGAUUUUGGCCGAUGUAGCUCGCCGGUACUACUAUUUGAACCAGGCGAAGCCGCGUGUCAUUGAGAAGCUCGAGAUGACCAAGAACAAUCGGCAGAAGAUGGGCUCCCUCUUCUCGUUCUGGCCGGUGGCGCCUUGGAGCAGGUUCCUGCGCUUUCUGGACAAGACGUCCGAUUUUCAUCAUCCUGAUCCAGAGUGGUCGUACAGCCAGGAAGACGGUCUUCUGGUGUAUCCCGCUAAAGUAUCUGCUGAAAAUGAUGGCUACGUGUAUCACAUUAUCGACUUAGCGACAAACCAACAAGUGCCUGUGCCAUUCGAUGUUCGCUCAAAACAUAUACGUCGAGUCCGGUUAGCGAGUGGUGUGCUCAUCAUCGAGUGGGCAGAAGCGCUCCCAUACCAUCAGCUGAACGCUCUCGAGGUAGUGCAUCGGCACUUCGUUACGGCCUUCGAUGUCAUCCGCAAGCCUUCGGCAAAGUGGUGUGUUGAGUUCCGCUCUGAGUGGGAGCCACACUUCCUUGGUCUGCCCUUGAACCGCUCAGACCGCUUCUUCUCGACGCACACGGCGACGCAUUAUGCCGUGUAUUUCUGGCAGCCUAACCGCUCGCUCUACCAUAUCGAGCCUAUCGAGCAGUUGGCCGUAUGGGACAUCUCCUCUCCCAGUCCCUACCGGCCAUCAGCAAACCCAAAGGCUGACAAGCGCCCGAACAUUAGUCGAACAACAUCCUUACCGACUGGUUUAUGGAACGGAAGUAGCAAGGUUACCGGCAGGAAGUUACAUGAAGUGGCAGGCUCGGAACCGAAUUCGGAGUGUCUGAAGACAGUUCCCGCCUCGACCACUACGACCGGCCCACGGGUUAUUCGGCGCAUGGCCUGGCGCGAGUUGGAUUUCUACGGAGUGCGCCAACGCGCAACACCGCAGCUCAGGGGCCUGAUGCUGGAUGGCACGAAUCUGUAUGUUAUUGAAGAAGAGCACCGUUGGGCCGAGGGCCAACAUAGCUCCCUCAAUCCCCCUCGCGUCCAUCUCGUUCGGUGUACCGGUAUCCCGGUCAUUCCGGCGCCGCCCUGCCCUGAAUCUUCUUCUCAGCCAUCAUAUCCAGCCGCCGCAUCUUCCACUGGCUAUUUGAGUAUGACUGAGCUCGCUAAUCACACACCGACGACUUACACAUCCACGACGAGCAAUGAUCCCGUCCAUGGGCCGGUCUGGGUUGACGCAUGUGGCGCAGAUGGUGAUGUCAACAUGAGCUUCUGCCGGCGCGUUGCUGACGCCGACGGGCUCCUCCCAACACUUACAGAUAUAGCGUCGCUGCCUACCGGGGAUUCUAGCCUUGACGCUCAGACACACCUUACGGACCCGCUCCGCAUUCGCUCGUCCUCCGCAGCCAUGGGUUGGCCGUGGGCGCUUGCCGAGAGCGGGCCCAGAAAUGCUGCGAUUGGAAUCGGACCGAAAAUCCGGCCCGGCCUGGCCCCGUGCUGGCGCCACGAGGAUUUCCCCUAUCUGACCGUGACCCAGAUUGUCGACUUCGCAGCCGGUGUACGAGUAACGGCGCGUGACUGCUUCAUGCUGGAGACUAUGUCAGUUCAUGUCCGCCCGGCGGUCUCAGUCGAGGGCACUGGCUCGCCGUCUGACACGGAAGACGACGCCGGGCGCCGACGGCGCAGCAACGUGAGAGCACAUGCGAGAUGCAAGGAGCUUCCUUUUCCCGACGGCAUGUGGUCAGAGCUCAUGGCUAAGGGCCACAUUGCGGGGGACGAGAGGUGGAUUGUCGGAGAAGAUUACGAGGGAAGAAUCACGGUCGUGCGCUUCUGAGGAACGAUUCCUUCUGAACAAACACGCAUCUACCGGGAUGAUUGGUUACCACCUGCUCCUCUAUGCCUUUAUCUUGGGAUGAAACGGCAAAUCAGCCGUAAUACAAGGAAUUUCAGGAGAAGAUAAGGCCCAAGAUUGAAGCCUUGGAGAGCAAUAGCGACGGUUGACUGAGCACCGGAGGCGCCUAAGUUGGAAACAACGCCCUGCUAUUGAGCGACAUCUUUAGAGUACGAGACCAAAGCGUAAUCAGCAGGAUAUUGGCUAUGCAGCAACUACUAGAUGUCUUCAGCGGCAAACAAACAAUUGACCAGAAUACGUAUCGC